AUGGCUCAAAUACUUCGAUUGAGAAGAAAACGAGUAAACGUGUCGAUCCAUGGUGUCGGAAAUAAACCCCAGUAUGCUACAGAAUCUGUGUUCACAGAAAUCCGUUCAAGAAAAGAGAACUUCGCACUCAACGUAGAUUUCCUAGUGCUGAAUAACAUUAUGUCCCAGUUGCCGGCUCAAGAUAUUCCUAUUGAGCAUUGGAAACUUCCCAAAAAUUUAUUCCUCGCUGACCCCAAUUUCAACAAGUCGUCUGGAAUUGACAUGAUCAUUGGAAACGCGCACUUCUUCUCCUGCCUCAAGACUUCAGCAAAUAUUCAACUUCCUAAACCGCUCCCAUUGCUAGUAGAUAGUGUGUUCGGCUGGCUGGUCUCAGGCACAGCGGAUAUAACCCGACCCGAUAAUGGAACCUCAUCAUGCACUGAAACCACCGUUUCGUUAGUAGCACCUGAGGACAGUUUAGAACGUUUCUGGAAAACUGAAGACCUGCCAGACCAGCCUAAUUACUCAAUGGAAGAGAAGCAAUGCCAGGAGUUAUACUCUGCUACCGUUAUGAGAAACGAGACAGGAAGAUACGUAGUACGUCUCCCUCGUCGCCCGAAUUUUGAGAAAAUAGUAGGAGAAUCCAAAAAUUGUGCCUUUCGUAGAUAUUUGCUACUGGAGAAACGAUUGGAGCGUGAUCCAGCGUUGAAAGAUGAAUAUCGAAAAUUCAUUGAAGAAUACAUAGAGCUUGGCCAAAUGAAGGCGGUGUUGCCUACAGAACCCCAACAUUACAAAGGUUGUUUCCUCCCUCACCAUCCCGUAAUGAAAGAAUCGAGCGCUACCACGAAGGUCCGCGUAGUGUUCGAUGCAUCCACUAGAACUUCCACCGGCCAUUCCCUGAACGAUGGCUUAUUGGUAGGACCAGUAAUCCAGGAUGAUCUACUAUCCAUCAUCCUACGCUUCCGCACAUUUCCUGUGGCAUUGGUGGCGGACAUUGAGAAAAUGUACCGCCAGAUACUCCUACAUCCAAAUGACACCCCAUUUCAACGGUCUUGGUCCAUCGUCCUUUCUCGCUACCCGAACACUACAUCAGCUUGCCAACGAUGA